AUGGUCAGCGAUGAGAAGACGAGCAGCAGUAGCAGGUCAACCGAGGUUAUCGAUGCAGCCAACGUUGAUGGGGCUCAAGAUAUUGUCUUGAAUACCGUUAAUGCUGAGUACACUGAAACUGAUUAUAAGCGCGUUGUCCGAAAGAUUGAUCGUAUUCUGCUGCCAUUCAUGUGGCUCUGUGCCGGCAUUCAACAGGCCGACAAGGCGUCCAUCUCUACGCAAGCAACAUUUGGCCUUCCACAGGACACCAAUCUUGUUGGUCAGCAAUUUUCGUGGCUUACCACCGCGUUCUACAUUUCCUAUCUCAUCGGCGAAGCUCCCUCAAACUAUCUCAUGCAACGCUUUGGUGUAAACAAGCCUUUGUUCGUCUCUUUAUUCCUCUGGGGUGUUGUCGUUCUUUGCAUCGCAUUUGCCCAGAACUUCACCCAGCUCGUGGCAUUACGUUCCCUGCAGGGUUUACUUGAGUGUACUAUGGCUCCUGCUUUAGUUCUCCUCACGGCGUCUUUCUAUGUCAGUCGGGAACAUCCCAUGAAAUCCGUUAUCUGGAGCACUUCAAAUAGCGGUUUAGAUAUCAUAACGCAACUCGUCAUGUACGGCAUUGGCAGUGCUGCUCAGAAACACACAAGCAGCUUUGGUCCAUGGCGAUGGAUUAGUGUUUUCCUAGGGUCAUGGACAAUAGUCAUGUCCUUUUUUUCGCUGCUGUUUCUGGGAACGCUCAGUGAAGUCCGAUGGCUAUCGAAGGAAGAGAAACGCAUUAUCGGGUCUGACAGAGGUCAGAAGUAUGAAUGGCAUUGGGACCAGGUUGUGGAUGCGUUCCGGGAUCCGCAAACAUACUUCUUCUUCUUUGCAUAUAUUGCCAAUUCUCUACCUAAUAGCGGCACAGCAGCAUUUGGCAAGCUUGUCUUUGUCUCGUUUGGCUUUACCAACUUGGAGACUAUAGUGAAGUGCAUUAUCCCACUAGACCUCGUGACCAUAGCCUGGUUGCUGGCCGUUGGAAUCUUGACAUUAAAGUGGCCUCAUACCAGAUUUCUUUUCAUGAUCAUCUCAACUAUUCCGGGCUUUGUUGGUAUGUUAGCUUUGGGCCUACUACCAACGGAAGGUAAACGUAUGCUCUGGAUUCGAUGGGGUCUUUACCUUAUGACCGCUACUAGUCGCCUAACUGGAUUGAUGAUGUGGACACUGUUCCCGUCUAAUGUAGCUGGGCGAACGAAGAAGUCUGUUAUCGGCACGGUCAUGUUUAUUGCGUACUGUGUAGGAGGUGCUGUUGGUGUCCGGACUUUCCGAGCUGAGUGGGCGCCCAGAUAUAUUCCUGCAAUCAUUUUACGCGGAAUUAUGUAUGGGGUGGUUAUUGCUCUAUUCAUGGCAUGGCGAUUUUACUAUAUUAUGGAAAACAAGCGGAGGGCUAAGAUUAUUGAAGAGAUGGGAAUGACGCCGGAACAAUCAGCACAUCAAGGGAAAAUCAAUGGCGAGUCCGAUAUGGCGGAUCGGCAAAAUAUUCAUUUCAAAUAUGGUAUGUAA